GAACAUUUUUAAGUGGUCACCAGUACUGCAGUGUUUGAUUGUUUUUGACAAUCCGUUUCUACACGUAUUUAAACGAUACAAAUUCGUCCAAGACAUCGUCCUACGAUCUUGAUUUUACAAUGGUUAACAUUGUUUUUUCGUUAGGAACGUUGCUCUUGUUUGGCAUUUGUUUAACAAACGCACAAAAUCCUAGUAUUUUAGUGCAACCGGCUGGUUAUUCGUCCAACAUUUUAUCUAUAAAUAUCAAUACUAAAAAAUGUAUGCAUACCGUCAGCGAUCGUUUCUUAAGUAUCGCACUCGAACCGUCAACUAUAUUUUCAGCAUUGAAAAAUAAUCUUGGACCAGCUACCAUUAACAUGGCUAAAGGCUUAAAUCCAGCGUACAUUAGGAUAUCUGGUCCGGAAUGCAAUAACUUUAAGUUUCAAGGAGGCGAAGACAUUUCGAAAUUGUCAACAGCCAAUCCCGUAAGACAAGGGAGAAAUAACAUAACGAUUACUGGUUGGCAUUGGUCACAAUUAAACGAAUUUAUAGCCAAAACUGGAUUGGAUUUAAUUGUCGGCUUAAACGUUAUGAAUAGAAAACACGGGUCAUGGGAUCUCAGUAACACCUUAGAUCUAAUAUCAUAUUCGGAUAAAUAUGGCUAUAAUAUGGCGUUCCAAAUUGGCAACGAUAUUCAAACAAUUGGACAGCGUAUUGAUGGCUUGUCACUUGGUAGGGAUGCAAACAGAUUACGUAAAGUACUUGAAGCAUUCCCUAGGUACCUAAAUUCGCCAAUUACGGGUCCUGAUAUUAGAUCGUGUGAAACUUUAGAAGAAGCUAAGUAUUUGAAGAAUUUUAUCAUAGAAUCUGGUCCUUCACUUUCUGCAUUAUCAUACCAAGUACCAUUUUCAAGUGAGAAAAACGUUGAAAAUCCCACCGAAAUAUUCAGUUACAUACAAAAUCAAAUGGAAGCUCGGGUGUGGCAAAAAGAUUUGACGAAUAAAUAUUUAGGGAAAAUAGCCGCAAAAAAACCCUUAUGGAUUGUAGAAUCGGGAAACAAAGAUAGAAGAGGAGAUUUCAAUGAUGGAUUAGUUUGGGCACAAAGAUUAUGUGCAGGUGCUCGAGUUGGAAUAAAUACUAUUAUGAGAAAACCAUCGUUAUCAUCGCUAAGUGAACCAACUCCGGAUUAUUGGGUAUCAGUUCUUCACAAAGCUUUGGUCGGAUCUGAAGUUUUAGACACAAAAAUUUCGUCUGGAAACAAAACGCGUUUAGAAACAGUUUCUCACUGUACAAAAAUGUCACCAUACGAUCCUAAUGAAGGAAUAUUAGCUCCUGAAUAUCGAUAUAAUAGGGGUGCAGUUGUAGUUUUUGGUGUAAACAUGGGAUCAGAACCCAUAAAAAUAUCAUUAAAAACAGGACAAAUGCAAAGUUUACCAUUACACCAAUAUUUCUUGACUGCCAACAACAGGCAAACCAAAACAGCUUUGAAAGCUUCGUCUACUAUGCUUAAUGGACAAAAAUUGAUUUUAUCUCCUGAUGGCGAUCUUCCAAUUAUAUCACCGAAAGUUCGAACAUCCAACCAAUUGAUAACUAUACCUAGUCAAUGCGUAUUCUUUCUAGUAUUACCGGAUAUUAAAUCAAAGGCGUGUAUGGCGGUUCAGAUUGAAGAAUCUAAAGAGUCUUAUAAAAAUGGUGUCAAGAUCUUAGAUCUAGAGGAGUUUGACGAAACCGAUUACAGUGCACCAAUAUUAGAUCAAGAAGACGAAGUGGUAUCAAAUGAAAAACAAAUGUAUGUGGCAUUCCGACCUAAAUAUAUUAAAACCAAUGAUGAAUCUAUAGUUGAUAGAGAAGUUAAUAAUAUUCAAAGUUCUCAACAAAACAAUGAGGACUCACCUAACAUUGAAAGCUUGCAUCAAUCUGAACCACUGGUAAAAUAUGUCACAUUUUCUAACAAUAAUUGGCUUUCGAAAUUCCCAAAGACAUUAAAUAAUCGAGAAUAUUCUGACGAGCCACCAACAUUUCCUCCAACUGAAACUUCUACCGUGGAAACACAAACAGAGUUAGCAAGUCUACCACUUCCUAAAAGCAGAAGAGAAAAAUAUCACAUUCUUGCCCAAGCAGUUGCUGGGAGGAGACACGCAGAAAAAAACAUUCGAUAUGAUUUAUACUCUAAUUUAGAUUCUGCUAUAUCAUCUCUUAAACCUUCUCAAAAAUUAAAAUUAAUAAAAAGGUCAAUUGAUGACACAGAUUAUAAUUCAAAAGAAUUAGAUGCAAUUAUUAAAGAAUUUACAAACCAAGAAAUUCUUCCAUUAGAUUCAAUUUCAAAAACUGAUCAGUCGUCUUCUGAAAUAACUUUUAAACCUGAUGAUGAUCGUUUUAAAACACGUGAUCGUAUUAAAAAAGAAUAUAAAAUAAUUAACACUGAAAUUCCUGAURUGCAACAAUCGGAACUUACUUCACAAACACUACCAACAACUAUGAUCACUUCAACUCCUUCAACGUCAAUUUCAGUUGUAAAUAAAAUACAUGCAAAACACGAUAGUCAUGUUCAAAAAAUUAAAACUAGGGCGGAACAAGCUUUAGCCAAAGUAAAUGAGAAAACUUCUCAAAAAAUCAAAGGUAGAAAACAGCAAGAUAAACUCAAAGAAGAAGUAAAAGAUUCUACAGUACAACAAUCAAUAACUGAAAAUUCAAUGAUGGCAAGUAAACAAUCAAUUAUCACUAAUACAGAAUUGCCAAAUAUCGAAAACUUAAAUAAUUUGGCUGAUAAUAUAAGGUAUAAUCGUCAAACAAAUAGUACAACUACUAAAAUAGCAAGACCUCGAAUUAAUCUGAAAUCAAAAAAAUAUAUCAACCUUUUAGACGUGGAAAAUGCCAAGACUACUCCAAUAAGCCAUCUUCCAAUAACCGAAAUAACUAAUUUUGAACCCAGCGUUACAGAAAUUCCCACCAAAAAAACUACAAAGUUUAGGCGUUUUACAUAUUCACCAAAAACUUUAAAUUUAACCAAACCUAAAGUUAUUGAUGUAGUAGAAAUAAAAAAAGGAAAAUCAGUAGUAAGAGAGAGUCGUGAAACAACAGUACUUCCAAUAACAACAUUUAAAAGCAAACCAGUUCUACAUCCUUUAGGAAGAGUUAGAACUUCACCCAAUGUCGAUCUCGAUCAAAUUGUUACUAACGAAAAAGUCACUGAAAGAUUAGUUGAAAACCUUAGGGAUGGAAAAAAAAUACUGCAGUCCGAACAAAUUGUUAGCCCAAUAGAUAAGAAUGAAGAAAGUAAACUUGAAAACAAAUCGAGUUUAUCAGCCGCAGUUAAAAUUAAAGCAUUAGAAGAAAAAAUAAAAAAUCGUAGAAUGGAGAUAGAACAUAGACUUCAUCAGAAAAUUCACAAGGUCAAACGAUCCUUAAAAAACAAUAUAGUUGAAGAUGACAUAAUGGAUAUAAAUGGUACAUUUAAUUCUGAUAGAUCCAAUAAACUUGACAUAAACAGCGAGCCAGUCACAAAAGGUGAAAUUAUUAGGUAUCCCCGAUCGGUGGCUGACUUUACGGUUAAGCUAAACGAAGUGAAUACAUACAUAGACAAAAACAAGCAUACUAUUGAUCCAAAAAACAAAGAAGUCCUAGAAGACAACGAUAACUUCAUGGAUCGGAAAAAUAAAAACGAAAUGAAUAUUUUAUCAGAAGACAGUGAGUUUGACAAUUUAAACAUUAAGUUUAAACGCAAAUCUGUAUUUGAGGAUUUAGAGGAAGUAGACUAUGGUAAGACAACUAUUAAUAUGGUCAAUAAACUGUUAAGCCACAUGCAGACAUUUUGGAAAUAUUUAAAGAAAACAUUCCAAUUUUAAACAAAUGACAAAUAUAAUUUAGUUUAACAUGUUUAAUUUGUAUAAAUAUGUAUCAAUUAUAAUUAUUUUUAUACGUUUUAAUUAAUUAAUUCAACUAUUGAAUAGGAGACUUAGAUAAUACGACGAUGUUGUCGUAUUUUUUUUA